GUCAGUACUGACGCCGUCGUCCCUGGCUACGCUCUAUCUUUGCGUGGCUACACGGCGGUUCGGGCUCGCUUUGCCCGCGUAUAUUUUCUUUUUAUGCUUCUCUACUUCUCUGCUUCUCUGCGUUACCUUUCUUAUAUUGCUCAUGGCAGUUAAAGUAUCCGUCAGAGCACUACAGCAAGUUGACGAGUUCAAAUCAGCAGCUCGUUCGCUGGCGCCUUCGGCCAACGCGGUCAAAGAGUUUGGUUCGCCACCCGUAAUUCGUCUGCGACGAGGGAUUGCUUAUGGGGUUUCCGCUGCAUCUGAUGCUUGCUGAGAUGACCAGUCCUGCAUAGUGUGCUUGACUACUAGUUUUCACUGCGUGCCAGACCGGCUUUUUUCACUCGAUGUGCUCUUGACGAUGAUGCUAUCAGGAUCCUUAUUGUUCGCCGAGUUCGCCGCGCUGUUCGCCGAGUUCGCCCGUGAACCCCCUCCGCGGACCUCACUGCGACUCCCCAACCCGCCUCGUCGUGUCGCCGAGUUUGAGAGUCUUUUCGCCUUCGCGGACAUCGCAGCGCAGCCUGGGAGUGCGGGAGCCUGCAGUCGCGUCUGCGGCCUCUCCCAGUGUGGCCUCUCCAAAUGCAAUGCCGGCGGCUCCGGCAGCGGCACGGGCGCAAACGCAGGAAAGGCUGCGCGCUAUCUGAACACAAAUCAAGGCGCCGGGCCGAAGCAGCCGGCCGGCGCCGCGGGCGCCAAAGCUGACCCCGCACCGCCUCCUCCGCCCGCCGCGUCUACGCCCGCUGGCGGGGGCGACAGCAAGGUUGCAGUGGCUGAUCGGCCAGUCGGUCCGCAAGACUACAGCAUUGCAAUGAGGGCAGCAUACAAGCUGGCGUCAGUGCCCCACGGCGCGCCACUGGUGCCGGGAGAGGUGAGCCGGCUGAGCGGCCUGCCCCGGCAGGAGCAAACCCCGCGCCGCGUGCUCAUCUUCAGCAACAGCAAGAGCCCGGAGCAGCAGGGCCGCCAGAAGACCGCCUUCAACAGGAGCUUUCCCCACUGGAGCAUGGAGUACCUGGACCCUGCGGACAAGUGGAUCAACCCGCUCAUUGGCUGGACAUCCAGCGCCGACACCAAGCACCAGGCCGCUGUGAACUUCCAGUUCUACACCGCUGAAGAGGCAAUCGCGUUCUGCGAGCGCCAGGGCUGGGAGUAUGAGAUCCAAGUGCCGCAGAUCCCACGUGACACCCGCAGCCGCCGCUACGCCGCAUACGGAGACAACUUCAGCAUCAAGCGCCACGGCAUUCCCGACCUGUCCCACCUGCCAUCGGAGAACGCCGCGCCCUCUUCAAACCAGAACGCGGCUGCAGCUGAGCGCAUAGCGCAGAGCGAGGGCGGUGCCAGCGGCAAGGCGGCAGACGGCUAUGGCAGCAAGUCCUCGGCAGGCGGCGUGUAAUGAGGCGGCCUGCUGCAUGCGUGUGCAUGGCGGUGACAAGGACGACUCAGAAGAGGGGUGAUAGCGAGGCACACAAGGGGGCAUGGGUUGGAACUGCUGAUGGCUGGAGGAGGGUGCGGCGGCGCUGAAGCAGGGCUAUGAGGAGCAGUAGGAAGGGGUGGUAAUGCGGUGUUGCGGCCAUGGGAUUGCAGCUGGUUGAUUGCGGCGGCCAAUCAGCUUGGUCAAGUUGUGCAGUACGUAGUAAGUUGUGCCUGCUAGUGCCUGCGCACAAGAGUUACUGUAUGGGCCUGUGUAGGCCUAUCUAGGUUGCAAAUUCGUUAGCUGGUAUACUGUAGGCGGCAUCCGUUGGCUGUUAGCCCACUGACGGUGGAACUAAGGGUGGGAUAAAGCAAGGCCUGGGCUUCCCUUGCACCCUCGGCGACGGAAGCCGCCCAAGCACAUUGUCUAUGGACGUUGAUGGAGACGUUGUUAUAGACAUUGGAAG